UUUCUCUUUCUAUAAAUAUUCUGAUAUCACAUGCUGUUGUGAGCUGUAUGUGUGUGUAUGUGUGUGUGUGUGUGUGUGUGUGUGUGUGUGUGUGUGUGUGUGUUGUCUCUGACAGAUCUGAAAGUGAUGUUCGAGGUGGAGAAAGUUAUCACGGUGGUGGUUCUGCUCCCUAAAGCUCGGUUCUCUCCCCAACACCACAAUGCUGAGCUGUUUUCUGGGAACACACUGCUACUGGAACUGGCAGGAAGCAGCUGAGCUCAGCGACCACAACUUCCAUUUCCAUUUCCAUUUGCGACAUUUAGCAGAUGCCCUUCUACAGAGCAACAUACAAAAGUGCUUUGAAUCUCUAUCGACCCUGCACAGUCACCCAGGCAGAGACAGUGAGAGGUGGAAGAUGACUAACACAACACUUAGAAUGAAGAUCGUCCUUAUUUUUAGCUUCUGCCUGAUUAUAGCUGGAUCUGAUGCUGUAACUACAAUAACUGGAUACAGAGGAAGAUCAUUUCAGAUUAAAUGUCCCUAUGAUCCUGGAUAUGAAACAUACAAGAAAUAUAUCUGCAGAGGUAAAUGUACUGCCUGGGAGCAUGUUUGGGUUAAAUCUGGAUCUCCUGCUAAAGACACGAGAUUCUCUCUGUAUGACGACACAACAGCCAAAAUCUUCACCAUCACCAUCACUGAUCUGAGAGCACAGGAUGAGGGCACUUACUGGUGUGGGAUUGAGCGAGCAUGGCCAACAACAGAUAUUUACACAAAGCUUCGACUGCUGGUUAAACUGGAUGAUCCUGCCAACAGUACUGUCUCACAGUCUACCACAUACUCUGCUUCAACAAAUAUCACGAGUCCAUCAGUGCAUGCUGAGACUCCUCCAGCUACAGAUCAUCUUGCCAACAGUACUGUCUCACAGUCUACACACACCACAUACUCUGCUUCAACAAAUAUCACAAGUCCAUCAGUGCAUUCUGAGACACCUCCAGCUACAAAUGUUCCAGGUUCAGCUACCUACCUCCUGAUCAGUACAGGUGCAGUGGUGUUCAUUGCUGGUGUGAUUAUAGCAAUCUACUGCAAAAGAAAAUGUCAAGGCCCUGUAACAUCUUCCAAAGAGACAAGUGAUGUUUAUGAAAAUGAGCAACAUUUCAAUUCUCUUCAAGCAAGAGUAAACAUCAAAUUACCUGAAUCUGUAUGCAAGACUCCAGACCCAACCACCAGCCAAUCAGAAUCAAUCUAUCAGAAUUCAGUUAUUAUUGAUGAUCAAUCAGAUUCAGUUUACCAGAAUCUGACAGUCACUAAUAGCAAAUAAGAUGUAGAUAAGAUUUAAACCCUCUCACAGUGUUUACUGGUUUCCCAGCAGGCAUUUUUCUUGGCCUGUGGAUUAUUCAUUUUCUGUAUUGUAAUUGGUAAUUACAUUAUUAUGCAUAGACCGAAUGUAAACCUCUUAUUGCAGAAUUUACACUUUGUUUUUUUACAAUUUGUUUCACCUCCUAUGUAACUUUAAGUAAAAUUUUAUAUAAUUAUAAAUUGUGUAUUGAUUUUUCAAAUUGUAUACAUAUGGACAAAUCUGUGGAUUUUCCUAUAUAUGUUGCUAUAAUGAUGAAAAUGACAGUGAUCUUGAAAGUAUUCACAGCGCUUCACUUUUUCCACAUCUUGUUACAGCUUUAUUCCAAAAAUGAAUACAAUUUAUUAUUUUACUGAGAAUUUGUCAAGUAA